GAAGCGAAGGGGCUCGAAGGAGAAACAAAAUGGACCGCCGCCGCCGACACAGGUCCACCAGCCCGCCCCCGGAACGCGUUCGGGCGGAUAUUGCGAAGAAAGUCAACUCCGCCUCGAAGAAGUCCGCCGACCAGGUGAAGGAGAUGACGAAGAAGCUGGCGGACGACAUAAAGGCGAUGAAGAAGGAAUCCCGAAUCAUCAGCUGCGAGACGAAGGCCAAGAGGAGUCUGCACCUGUCGACGCUGAGCUCCAUCCGGGCGCAUCGGAAGCUGCCUUAUCUGGUGGCCACGGUUCUCGAGGUGGUCGCGCCCCCCGACGAGGAGGAGGGCGUGAUCGAGGGCGCCUGCAGGGACGCCGCCUACGUGGCGAUGCGAACCGUCGUGAUCAAGACGUCGACCAACCACACCGUGUUCCUCCCUCAUCCCGGGCUGGUCGACGUCGCUGACCUGAAGCCCGGCGACCUGGUGGCGGUGCUCAGGGACCUCUUCAUCAUCAUCGAGGUCCUGCCGCGGCCGUUCGACCCGAGAGUCAGCCGCAUGGAGGUCACGGAGAGGCCGGCGCAGAGGUUCUCCGACAUAGGGGGUCUCGAAAGCCAGAUCGAGGAGUUGAAGGAGGCGGUCAUCCUGCCCAUCAAGCAGCGGGAGCGCUUCAAGAAGAUCGGCAUCCGUCCCACCAAGGGCGUGUUGCUGCAUGGUUCCCCGGGGACAGGGAAGACCAUGAUAGCCCGGGCGUGCGCAGGCGAGACCGACAGCACCUUCAUCAGGCUGGCGGGCCCUCAGGUGGUGGAGAUGUUCCUCGGCGACGGAGCCAAGAUGGUCACCGACGCGUUCGCUCUGGCCAGGGAAAAGGCGCCCUCAAUUAUUUUCAUCGAUGAGCUGGACGCUAUCGGCACGAAGCGGUUUUCCAGCGACAAGACCGGGGACCGCGAAGUGCAGCGGACGAUGCUGACUCUCCUCAACGAGAUGGACGGCUUCGCGGCGAACGAGACGGUCAUGCCACCACUACCACACCACCAGCCAGCCCUCUUCACAACUUCACCACGUCAUCUCACCACCACUUCACCGCCACCUUACCACCCACUCAUCAAGCACCACCACACAGCUUCUCCCUCACAGGGCCUCGCCACCACCAACAUGCUCAACAUCACCACCACUUCACCAACCACUUCCUCGCCAUCUUAA